UGGAGACGAUCUUCGGUUGUUUCUAUACUACUAGUAGAUAAGGGACCAUCAGCACUCGCUCUGCAUCCAUCGAAUCUCUUAAAUUACACAGAGUAACAUCAAUCGCUAUUGGCACUCAAAACAAAAAAGCAAUCGACAUGCUCCCCUCUGAGAAUGUUGUCGCCAGCGCCUUCUCCCACCCGCUGCGACGGGCUGAGGAGCAUUCGGCUGUUCCGGCCCCGAAACGAAGGAACCCUUUCCCCGCAUGGAGCGUGAUUGAUGACACCAAAAAGUCGGCGGGCUCCCUUACAAAGGAAGCAACGCGGGAGUUCAACGCGGCCAGCGAAAAGGUGCAAGCUAAGACAGGGCAUAUUGAACCGUGGACUCCCAAAUACUAUGCGGCUUGCACUGUCGGUGGACUGCUUGCUUGCGGUGUUACCCAUACGGCAGUAACGCCGUUGGAUCUGAUCAAAUGCCGGCGGCAAGUUGACUCGUCGCUUUACAAGAGCAACGGAGAGGCUUUCCGCAAGAUCCGUGGUGCGGAAGGUUUAAGAGGUGUCUUUACUGGCUGGAGUCCUACCUUGUUCGGAUACAGCGCGCAAGGAGCGUUCAAAUACGGUGGAUAUGAGUACUUCAAGAAGUUCUACAGCGACUUGGUCGGUGCCGAAAACGCCAAUCGCUGGAAGACCUCAGUGUACCUGGCAGCCAGCGCUUCGGCCGAGCUGAUUGCAGAUGUGGCUCUCUGUCCAUUCGAGGCCGUCAAGGUGCGCACGCAGACCACGAUCCCGCCGGAGUUCAGAUCGACUUUCAGCGGAAUCUCCAGCAUUGUCUCCAAGGAAGGCGUGGCAGGUCUCUACAAGGGUCUAUAUCCUCUCUGGGGUCGGCAGAUCCCAUACACGAUGAUGAAGUUCGCUUCUUUCGAAACCAUCGUGGAGAUGAUCUACCACUACCUGCCCGGCCAGAAAUCUGACUAUAACAAGGGAGCCCAGACAGGUGUUGCUUUCACUGGUGGUUAUUUGGCUGGUAUUCUCUGUGCCGCCAUUUCCCACCCUGCCGACGUGAUGGUCAGUAAAUUGAACGCGAACCGUCAGGCGGGCGAGGCUUUUGGUGCAGCUACCAGCCGCAUCUACAAGGACAUCGGAUUCAGGGGCCUAUGGAACGGCCUUCCUGUCAGAAUUGUCAUGAUCGGAACUUUGACCGGACUGCAAUGGAUGAUUUACGACUCGUUCAAGAUCUUUAUGGGUCUUCCGACCACCGGUGGAGGCCCCGCCCCUGAAAAGAAGCAAUAGUAAAAUUGAAGUUGCAG